UUUUAUUGUCAUUUACAGUCGGCGGGUGUGAUUAAGUGAAAAAUGGGUUCUCCAACUAGGUUUUCGCUAGUCUUUAUCAUACUGGCAUUACUUGAAGCAGUUAUCCUUCAGAAUCCACCAGACUUUCCAUCUGUAAAAUCAAAUUUUUCAGUUAAAGAGUUAUGUGCCAAAAAAACUAACAAGAAGGCUUACGCGUUUGUUCCAUUAAAAGUAAACUGGUUCGAGGCCUUCGCCUUUUGUGCUAGAAAUAAGAUGAGACUUCUUACGAUUAAGUCGCAUGUCGAAACUAUUGAUCUGGGAAAACAGCUGAGAAUCGAGAAAGAAGUAGAAAAAAAAUAUUGGACGUCGGGAACAAAGUACGGGUCCAGAACAGUUUCGGACUUCAUUUGGUUUACGGACGGUUCGCCGUUCAUUUAUACCAAUUGGUAUAAAUCAAAAAACUCCACCAGAGACAAUCAACCGGAUAAUGCCACCGGAAAUGAAAAAUGCGUCGUACUAAGUGACUGGAAAAUGACCCUCAAAUAUUGGUAUAAAUGGCACGAUGUUCCAUGCGAAAAGAACUUUGCCUUUAUUUGCGAAAGUGAUUGUAAAAAUAUAUAUGUCUUAAGUGGAAAGAAAAUGUGUUUUCGAAAUACCUUCUUGGUAUUUUUUAUUUUAUUUUCAUGCAUUAAAGUCGCUUUUCUUCUGGAUAACGACAAUAUACCUAAAACGGUGCCAUCGAAUUUCAAUGUUCAGACUUUAUGCGAGGAAAGGGAAAAUACCGUUAAGGCUUACGCAGUGGUUACAAUAGCAGUGACGUGGUUUCAAGCCUUCACAUUUUGUGCUGAAAGGAACAUGAGUCUUCUUAUGAUCCAUUCAAAGCAGGAGUCCGAUGACAUCAGAAAAGAACUUUUGUUACGCAAACAUGAAUUAAAAACCUACUAUUGGAUAGCAGGAACGAGGCUCGGGGCCAAAAAAACAGUUUCGGACUUUGUUUGGUUCCCAGAUGGCACGCCGUUUCUGUAUACCAAUUGGUUUAAAGGUAAGAAGGGUCACCAACCAGAUAACCAAGAUGGAACUGAAGAUUGUGUGUGCCUUAGUAACACGGGAACGUCCGAUAUACGGGAAUAUAAAUGGCACGACGAUAAGUGCAAAAAAAAAAGAGCUUUCAUUUGCGAAAGUUAUUGUUAACUGCAAUAAAUUUA